CAGUGACGUCACGCGUGUGUCUCUGGCUGGUGACGUCAGCAGCGCUGUUGCAGAGUCACUGUUGUAAACAAGAGGCCGCGAGCAGUGCGCGUCCCCGCGGACUGACGGCUCGGAUCAGUUCUAAUACAUCUGCGACACGGGUCCCGACGGGCACGCGCACGGUUCUUCAUCGGAACACGCUCUUCUUCUUCGUGGGUUUGUUGUUUUCUAACAGACGUUGUGGCUGGUUAGCAUCUGCAGCUAGCAUCUCGCUCCCGUUAGCAUUAGCCGUUAGCCUCCCUGGCUAGCAGAGCUCCGCGGGCCCGCAGCGGGAGGACACGCUCUUUAUGCCCGGAGGACUUCUUUCUCUCCAGCGACCAGGAGACCGUGAACCCUGGGUGGCUGGUCGGAGCAGCCUCCUCCCACCAUGGAGGCAGGAGGGACGGACGGCGAGGAGGAAACUCUGCAGACGGCGUUUAAGAAGCUCCGGGUCGAUGCUGAGAGCAUGCCCGGGGCUGGGAGUGUCUCCGAGGCGCUGGUUCCCAGAGCGGCGCCGCGACCUUGUCUGGACGCCGGCGGAGCGAAGCCCAAGCUCAGCUGCCCCAAGGACGUGUGGCACGGCUGUAUGAGGAAAACUUCCCGAGGAGCAUCCAGGACCCAGCGGCGCCGGAGGUCCAAGUCCCCCAUCCUCCACCCCCCGAAGUUCAGCUACUGCAGCACGGCCUCGGCCUCUGCGCUGGCGCCCUCUAGUGGCUGCCUGAAGCACCAGCGCCUGGCUGUGCCCGAGCCCGUGGAGCUUCGUCCUGCGGUCGACGGCAGGUCCGCCUCCUCCCCGGCCCCCCCAACCCAGAAGGAGCUGCGGUCUCCAGGCUCGCCCGGCCACAUCUCUCCCCUGGUGUUCGGAUCGUGCGCUGGUUACGAGUCACGUGUCGGAGCCGUGGUUUCCUCGCCAUCUUUACAAGAGAUCCCCGGCCUCAUCAACAGCGUGGUGGAGCAGGAGGGGGCCACCUGUGGAGAUGUCCCGUCGAGGGAGGAGGAGAAAAGUGCCUGUGACGGAGCGGCGUGUGGAGGAGGAGCCUCUCUGAGAUCCGGACCCGCUGAGGCCGCGGACUUCCGAGCCUUAUCGGAGCGCCACUGCUCUCCAGACGGCGCCCAGGCGCCUUGCUCCUGCGCCCCGAAGAAGAGCUCCGAGUCACAGGAGCCGAGCGGCUCGGGCGCCGCUGAGCAGUGCCGCUGCCCGCCGCAGCCUCAGGGCCUGCAGGGCGUGGAGGUGUACUCCUUCACCGGGCUCCGCGGUGUCAUCUCGGAGUGCGAGCGCAGCCUGCCGGACCACGGCGACGCCCCCAGAACUGUCAGCACCAACAGCAACGCAGCGUCGUCGUCAGGCUCCUCCCCCCGCUCGUGCUCGGAGCAGGCGCGCGGCUACGUCGAUGACAUCACAAUAGAUGAUCUUUCUGGCUACAUGGAGUAUUAUCUUUACAUCCCCAAGAAGAUGUCCCACAUGGCGGAGAUGAUGUACACUUAGAGGAGGAGUCUCUACAGAUUAUUAUAUCAAAUGAGGAUCAACAGAGUGAAGAGGAUUGUUCUCUUUGUUUGUCAGAAGAAUGUCGCCGCAGGAGAAAGUUUCACUCGUUAUUUCAUUUCUGUUUCUCCGUUGUGCUGCAUUGAUUAAUUACUUUGUUCUUUUUUUAAUUUAAUUCUUAGUUAACAUAUGAAGUUGCCAAAGCUCUUGGGUCGUGCGGAGGGAGAGAGCGCUGGAAAUGUACCAACUUGUGACGCCGAGUGUGAAGCUGUUUGUGGUGUUGUGACCUCCAGAGUCACAUGACUGGAUUUCAUUUCCUUCAAUAAAGACGCAAAAUGUU